AUGAAUUGGAGCAGAGAAGUGUGGUCCAGACUUAACAUUCUGAAGCAUAGUGUAAUUACUUGUUUGGCCAUGCUUAAUAGAUUGAAAACCCAGGAUAGACUCAGCCGAUUUGGUGUGCAGGUUACUUGCUGCUGCUAUCUCUGCAAUGCACAACCUGAAAGUAGGCAACAUCUAUUCUUCGAUUGUUCAAUUGCGAAUGCCUGUUUACUUGAAGUGAAGAACUGGCAUACUCAAACCAGUAGGCUCCCUCAGUUGAUGCGUUGGAUUGAGAGAGCUAAAACCUCAAAAUUCAAGAAAGUCGUCCUAGCUACUGCUCUAACUGCUCUGGUAUACAAUCUUUGGAAAUCUAGGAAUGCUACUAUAUGGCAAGAAGUUAUGGCAAACCCAGUUACAAUUGUUACAGAGAAAAAAUGGGCUAUUAAAAUUCGAAUUGAGAGCUUAAUGCCUAGGAAGAUCAAAAGCAGUGAUCGAGAAUGGUUUCUUGCUUUAUAA